AGUUGGCGUAUGAUAACAAUAAACAACCCAGAAGGAAGAGAUACGCACCACUAGGACCUGUCGCUCCACACAUAGGAGCCUAAAACAUGAUUCGGGGCGGCUGGAGUUGGUUGGAGUAAAGCCUCGUAACUUUCACCGGAGGCCUUUGGGUUCCCGACACGAAGGAUUAUCUAGUUUUUCGACAAGGCUAAGGGGAAACUAAAGUUACGGUUUCUCUCUUCCUUAGCUUCUUCAAGCUAGCUCCUGGUCAUUCCUUGAUUUGUCCACUUUGUUUGAGUCUGUUAUGCAGUUGCCACAGGCCCGUACUCGCACUCGUUCUCUUUCGCCGCCUCUUCGCUCCCUCUCCCCGCUCUCUCUGGCCUUAUGUCUCGCUGGCUUUUCCCCUGGUCUGGCUCAAUCAAGAAGCGGGCCUGUCGGUACCUUUUACAACACUACCUCGGUCACUUUUUGCAGGAACGACUGAGCUUGGAUCAGCUCGGUUUGGAUCUGUAUAACGGCAGUGGUGUCAUCAAGGAAAUCAACCUCGACGUGUGGGCAGUCAACGAGCUUCUGGACUCCCUUGGGGCUCCUCUAGAAAUAGUGGAAGGCUUUGUGAGCAGCAUCAAGGUGACCAUCCCCUGGCAGGCUCUUCUGACUGACCACUGCACUUUAGAGGUCUCUGGCCUUCAGAUAACAUGCCGACCCAAAUAUCGAACCAAUGGGGGGUGGGACUCACAAGGCUGGUCGUCCAGCAUGACUUCCAGCAUGCAGUUGGCUCAGGAAUGCCUGAAAGACCCCCCGGAGGCAUCUGAGGACCCUCCUGCCCCUCUGGAAGGCCUUGAGAUGUUUGCAGAGACUAUUGAGACAGUCCUGCGUCGCAUCAAAGUCACACUUCUGGAUACCAUCAUCCGCAUUGAGCACCAGCCGCUGGACCUGAAGACGGGCGUUGCUCUGGAAGUGCACAUCAAACGGCUAGAGUACUUUGAUGAAGCAGUGAGGGAUCCAGCCAGCCAGACUGCCGUGCCUGUUGACAUCCACCAACCACCUGCCUUCCUCCACAAGAUCCUUCAGCUGAAUGCUGUUCAGCUGUUUUACGACAACACUGGCACACUUCAGGAUCCUCCUGAAGAUGAACAUCAAAAUUUAGCCACAGCUAGAGAAGGAGAGGAGGAGGAGGAGGAGGAGGAGGAGGAGGAGGAGGAGGAAGAGGAAGAGGAGGAGGAGGAAGAAGAGGAAGGGGAAGAAGAUGACAAAGCCAAGCCUCUGGUUGCUCCACCUUGUCCUCCAUCCCAGCCCUUGCCUAUUGGAAGCUGCUCUGGGUUCAUUGAAAUGACUGUCAAGCUCAAACAGAACGACAUGUUGCCUGGACCAAAGUUGGAGUUGGAUGGGAAAGUGGGUUGCAUCCACAUGCUGCUGUCUCCAGAUCAAAUAACUCAUCUGACAGACCUGCUGGCAGCCCUCUGCAUAGACAUUGAGCCAGAGUCAAAGGGUGGUGGAGUACUUAGUCGUCCAUUAGACUCAGACGACCUGCGUAUGAUUGAGGAGGACCUUGGUAAACAGCUGGGAUCCAGUCCCAGAGACGGGGACUGGGAGACGGAGACUGAACCAGAGGACUAUGUCACCAGCCUGGAGAAUGGAGACAUGUUUUAUUCCAUGGGUCCCGCUGGGAUGAGCUGUAGCGUGACAUCCAUCCGCUCGGGCAGUGAGCUAUCAGAAAGUGACAUGGAGUCCUCUACCCAUAGUUUCUCCAGCUUCACGCAACCUGCACAGGGUUUGGCUCAUGUUCCCAGAAGAUAUCCUGUACCGGGAUGUUUGCCCAGUCUACCUCAGACCAGCAGGACCAGAGGACGCUCUUACAGCGGCCAGGCAGAGCAGCUGAAGCCUGAUGCUCUCUUGCGACUGACUUUCGGUGGACUGACUCUAACCCUGUUGACGGAGGACCCGCUCUCCAAGUCUGACGGAGCCUCCUCUUUGGCUCAGGUGUCCCAAGUGUUCUUCAGAGAGCUGGGAUUUUUCAAGGACAGCAUGUUCAGCAACAGAGGUUUCCACCAUUUGAGAGGGGGCUUUGCUAAGGCUUGCCCACAGUCCCACUUCAGACUGACGGGGGCAGCGGUGCAGGUUUCUUGUGAGAUGCGCAGCGGGAAACGUCGCUCUCGGGCUGUGACCUCUGACCUGUCCUUUAGCAGGCUGGAGGUGUUGGAGUGUCUCUGGGAGGAGGGAGAGCCUCAGUACUGCGAGUUGCUACAGUUCCAAAGGGCUGGUUUGUUUACAGCUGGAGGUACAGUCGGACCAUGCGCCAAAGUACAUUACAGCCUUACUGAAAAACACCUGCGUAAGGGUAAACAGCGUGUGGUGCACCGUGACAGUGUGGUGCAGGUGGAGCUCGCAGAACUCAGCGCUGAGCUGGACUUGGACAUCCUCAGUCGUCUGGGCAGCCUUAACCGAGCCUUUAGCCAUUGUUCCACACAGACUUCAACAUCAGGGCUCAUGCAGGCUCAAAGUUUUGAGCUCUCCUCUUCCUUCACCCUCCUCUCCCCGCACGCCGUCCUCAGGCUUCGCUUCCCCAUAGCAGACUUGCGGCCUCUUCACAUCCGCAGACCACCGAGCCAGAGAGCAGUGAGGGAGGAGACUUUGGUGCUGGAGCUGAUGGAGUUGGAGCUGAAGCACCAAGAGGCCCCGGACCUCCAGAGCAACCAGGCUACCCCAGGGCAGCCCUUGGUUCCUUGCCUCACACAGCUCCUGGAGGCCUCUUUCACUGACCUGCAUGGCUCAUAUGAAGGCUGGGAGGGAGGAUCCUUCCCCUGCAUCAGAGUGAAAAAGAGUCAUGACUCUGUCCCCAGAAUAUCGGUGCGUGUUCAUGGAGUUGAGGCUCAGGGCCCAGCAGCAGGUCUGAGUGGAAUGAACCUGAGCCUCAUGAAGGACCUUGGAGCAGCCUUUUUUGAAAGUCACUGUGAAUUCAACGAGAAAACCAGCUCCCCCUUUUCUUCCAACCGCACCAUGUUUGAGACUGAAGAGAUGGUCAUUCCUGCUGGCCCAGAGGAGAUGCUUCAGUUUCAGGAACAGUGUGUUGCUCAGUGUCAGUGUGCUGUGGAUGUCAUCAUGCCACUGGCUUACAUCCUCCUGCCCAGCAAACAGGCCUUCCAGAGCAUCUACAACAGGAUCAAUAAUGAUCUCUUGAUGUGGGAGCCGCCUCCCCCUCCUCCCCCUUCAGCCCACAGCCCCGAGCGCAGCAGCCAUCAGCGUGAAGAGUUCCAGCUGUGCAAGUCAGCAUUUAGACUGGACUCUGAUUCAGAAGAGGAGGAGACUCAGUUCUACUUGGCCAGUGAGCCAUCUGGAAGGAUGCAGCAGUCCGCCUCUCGCUUUAACCACAACCUCAGCCUCCUCUCCCUCACUGUUAUUAUUGGAAAAGGACGCAUCCAAGCCAGAACUGACAGGAAGGAAGACCAGAGUCAUGGAGAGAUUGCGCUUGACCUGGAAGGAGGGAAGAUGUUCAGCGUGGCGCAGUAUCUGAAUGACCCCAACCUUAGUUUUUUGUGUCUUGAAAGUCGUCGAGUGGAGCUCUAUCAUCAAGCUGUGGUAAAAGCCACCACAAUUCCAGAGCGGUUGGAGAUGCCCAGCUUCUCUCCACCAAAGCAUUUGGAUCCUACCAUCUACCCCACAGAGGUGGGAGUGAGCAGUGUUAGCGGAAGAGAGGGCGAGCCACAGAUGUUGUCCACAGCUAUAAAAAUCACGUUGGACCUCCAGAGAAACGUUAAAGAAUUUCUAGUUGCCCUUCAACUUCAAGGUGCAACGAUGCGGCAUUACGUGACUCAGACCCAUCAGAGCUGGCACGAACAGCUUGUUGACUUUCUUGAUGUAAUUGAUGAUCCCAUCCUGGGAUACACAGCACCGGCUGUCAUCACAGUCCUUCACACACACCUUGCCACAUGUGCCAUAGAUUACAGGCCGCUGUAUCUCCCUCUGCGAGCGCUGUUCACAGCAGAGUCCUUCUCUCUGUCCAGCAAUAUCAUUGUGGACACAGCCACCUUCCACCUCAGAUUUAUUCUGGAUGACUCAGCCCUCUACCUCUCUGAUAAAUGUGAAGUGGACACAGUGGAUUUAAGAAGAGACUAUGUUUGUAUUUUGGACAUUGACCUUCUGGAGCUUGCCAUCACCACAUGGAAGGGCAACAGUACAGGCAAGCUGUCGCACCCUCUCUUUGAGCUCCGGUGCUCCAAUAAUGUGGUCCACCUGCACACCUGUGCCGAUUCCUGUGCAGCCCUCAUCAAUCUACUGCAGUACCUGGUCUCACAGGGUGACCUGCACCCCCCACCCCGUCUCACCUCACCCACUGAAAUUGCCGGGCAGAUAUUACCACUGUCAGAAAGUCCUGCGUCUCUGGUGUUCUGCCCUCCAGCUGAAACCGCAGAGAUCAACCAGUAUGACCUGGCUGAUGCCUUAAUUGACACAGAGAGGAGCCACAGAGAAGAGAGCACAGAUCAAGGUUCACCCUCAGUGCCAUCAGGCUCUCCAGUUUCUGUAUACUUGUUUCCUGGGGAAGCCUCCAAGCAGAUCCCCUCUGUUCUUCAGAGGGACAAACAUGAACUGGAUGGAUUGGUUUCUACAGCAACAGAAGCACAGGCAGACUUGUCAGAUAAAGACUCUGAGGUCUCCACAGACAACGAUGACUUCUGCAUCCUGGAGGCUCCUGGCAUGGGUAUACCUCCUAGAGACGGGGAGCCUGUGGUGACAGUGCUGUCCCAGGGACCCAUCAAGGUCAAGGACAGUCACUUCUCCAGGCCUCGAGGAAGUUCCGACCUUCUCCGCGCUCCGAGCCGCUUCCCAGUACCUCAGAGCAGACUGAUGCUGCGCGAGAUCUCUGUGGUGUGGCACCUUUAUGGGGGCAAGGACUUUGGUGGAAAGCCCAUUUCUAUUCAUGCUCCAAGUACAAACAGGGGACGUUCAGCACCUGCUGGUGUCCGUGGGUCCCCGUCUCGCGCCGUCCCCUCAUCCCGUCCACAGAACUCCUGGCGUUGGGCAGGGGGAAGCGGCCGUCAGCACUCACUGCUGAUGGAAAUUCAGCUCACAAAGGUGUCUUUGCAACACGAGUCCUACCCGGUAGCUGUAACGGGGCAGGAUGGUGACGGGGCAGGAGCACCUGGAUUUGGGGUUGGUCCUGCUGGUGAACAUCCCCUGUCCAGGCAGGUCUUCAUUGUCCAGGAGCUGGAAAUUCGGGACAGACUGGCUUCCUCCCAAAUCAACAAAUUCCUUUACCUGUACACGAGCGAGAGCAUGCCCCGGAGAGCUCACUCCAACAUGUUGACAGUGAAGGCCCUGCAGGUGUGUCCAGAGUCUGGCCUCGGUGGUCCAGAGUGCUGUCUGAGGGUCAGCCUGCUGCCACUACGACUCAACAUUGAUCAGGAUGCACUGUUUUUUCUGAAGGACUUUUUCAGUAAUCUAGCUUCCUAUGUUAACCCUUACCUGCCUGUGGACACAGCAGCUGAAGCGAAGCCAGAUCCUUCCCACAAAGAGGAGGAUGCAGCUGCUGGUCUGGGACCGGACCUCACAGCUUCUGUAGAAACUACAUACAGCGAACAGAGCUCUUCCUCUCUUGGCUCAUCUUCCUCCUCAUCAGACCAGCCAAUCUACUUUCGGGAGUUCCGUUUCACCUCAGAAGUGCCUAUUUGGCUGGACUAUCAUGGCAAGCACGUUGUUAUUGAGCAGGGGACGUUUGCAGGGAUCCUCAUUGGUCUGGCUCAGUUGAACUGCUCGGAGCUGAAGCUGAAGAGGCUGUGCUGCAGACACGGUCUCCUGGGUGUAGACAAAGUGAUUCAGUACGCUGUCACAGAGUGGCUGACAGAUAUCAGGAAAAAUCAGCUGCCAGGCAUUCUGGGAGGUGUUGGCCCCAUGCACUCAGUUGUUCAGCUCUUUCAUGGAGUUCGAGAUCUAUUCUGGCUUCCCAUAGAGCAGUACAGAAAGGAUGGUCGCAUUAUCCGAGGGCUCCAGAGGGGGGCAGCGUCCUUUGGCACCUCCACAGCUUCUGCUGCUUUGGAACUAAGCAACAGGCUGGUGCAAGCUAUUCAGGCGACAGCAGAGACCGUCUAUGAUAUCUUAUCUCCGACGCCCCCUUUAAAUCGCUACAUCACAGAGGGCCGUGCUCCAAACAGUCGAUCCCGCAGAGCCAUCCAGCCUGCAGACCUCCGAGAGGGCGUGGCCAAGGCCUAUGACACCGUCAGAGAGGGAGUGAUCGAUACUGCUCAGACGUUGUGCGAUGUCGCCUCCCGCGGGCACGAACAGAAGGGUCUUCCUGGUGCUGUUGGCGGCGUCCUGAGACAGAUCCCGCCUACAGUAGUGCGACCCUUGAUCGUGGCCUCAGAAGCAACCUCCAACCUGCUCGGGGGAAUGCGCAACCAGAUCAAACCCGACGCGCGGAAAGAGGACUUCCUCAAGUGGCGUACCGAGGACGCUCAAGAAUGAGGACAAUUCGUUUUGUGUUUGUGGGAGCGAGAAUCAUUUGAGUGUCGUUGAUCGGUACUUUAUGAAGUCUCAGCUGGCGGAGGACUUGUUUGUGGGCGGCCAAGCAAAAAGUCAAGGAGGGGCAAAAACAAAGCAACAAUGAACUGCUGCUGCAGUUGCUCAAUCAUCCAAAACCAUACCAGAUGUUUUCUUCUGUUAUUCAUCAACCCCCCCCAUCAUUGGCUCUUUAAAUAAAAUGCUAACAUCUUCAGUUAUCUGCAUUUGUUUCCAGCUAAAUUUGCAUGAAGGGAUGCUUUGAUUUAACCAACACCAAACUGUAUUUUGAGAUCGACGUGGCGAAUCAGUGAGGCAAAUGCUUUUAUGGUUGGUUUGUAGACUUCAGAUGCAAAUGUUAGAAAUGACUGUUGAUGUUCUUCCAAACCAAGUUGGAAGCUGCUUAUAACAAAAGUCUUCAUUUGAAACAGCUUGGGCCUGUUUUUCCUCAUGGCAGAAUCAGGAAUAAUAUUUUUGAAGUGUCCUUGCUACCACCCUCAGUAUGUUUGCAAAUGGUUUUCAUCUCGACUUUGCAAUGUAACACUGCGUCGUUCUUUUAGAUUUGGCCCUGCUAUGCACUUUCUCUUCUCAGUGAGUUAUUUGUGCCAUAAACCCUGCAGAGUGCCCUUUUAAUCAGUUUGCUUUACCUUCCUUGAACCCAUACCCAACCAUCCUGAUGACAUAACACAUUCGGGCUUUUUAAAGCUCAUCCGACUGAAUAGAAUCACAAAACGCCUCUAAAACUCUGUAGCAUAUCUAGCUCUUUUUAUAGAUUCAUAAUUCCUUUAACAAGCAGUGUCAGCUGUUGGUUAUCACACGUCCUUUAAACGUCAUCUAUGAUUCUAUUUUUCAUCAGGAGCUGAAUGUUUGAUUGUGGGUCUAAAUUGAUUCUGUUUUCAUGUUUGCUUUUUCCAUUUUAUUAAGUAACUUCCUUUUUUUUUAAGUCUCAUUCUUAGUUUAAUCUUUGACUAAAGCAUAAGUAUUGUUGUUUUUGUUUGGGAAGAUGUUUCUUUGGAGAAAUUGUAACAGAAAAAGAAAACCGAGUUUUACAUUUUCACCUUUUUGUGUUGUUUCAGGUGCACAUGUGUCCCUCUGUGUUUGUAUGAAGGAGAGAUUAUGUGAGUUUGAGUCUGUGCAGAAGUUGCAUGUCUGAAAGUGGCUGAUUGAUGCUAUAUUAUUCUAUUUACUAUCAUCUACUGUACGACUGGUCUGUAUAUUACAAAAACAUGUACAAAAUUAAUACAAAAAUAAAAAAGUGAACAUAAAAAUGGAAA